AGAGAGAGGCCUUAUUAAAUGGGGGGUGGAGGUGGAGAGAUUUGCGACAUUUAAGGUCACUCUAGCUACUUGCCAUCUUCAAUGCCGGCCUGCCCUCCCGUUAAUGCUGGGUUGGAUGAAGGCCAUUCAAGCCUCCCUCCCCUCCCCCUGCAUGAACUCAGCAUGACCAUGACCCCAUCAAUCAAAACCACAGUGCUGUGCUACCUUCAUCACCUAAUUUUCAAUUCUCCUCUUCCUAGCUAUUCCUACACCAAGAGUAGAAAGAACCACAUAUAAAUAGACCCGUGGUGUGGUGCUGGUGCCACCGUCCACACCACCAUGACAACCGAGUUCCUCAGGGUGAAGAAGUUCCACCAGCAGGAGGCCGCCCGUAGCCUGAGCUUGCAGAGGAGGAUGGAGCUGCAGCCGGAGCUGUCGCUCGGCCCAGUGUGGCCGGGAUUCGCCACCGGCGGUGGCCUGGCCGCAGCCAAGAGCUCCUCGUCCGAGUCCGACGGAAGCUCCCGGAAGAAGAGGAAGCACUACACUGCCAGCUGGGAGGAGCCUCAUCAGCAGCCGCCGGCGAGCCUGGAGCUCCAGCUCAACGACCCCCUGCCUCUCGACUGGGAGCAGUGCCUCGACCUCCAAUCUGGGAGGAUGUAUUACCUCAACAGGAAGACGCUGAAGAAGAGCUGGGUCAGACCCCGGGAGCAGAGCGUGAACCUGGACCUCAACAUCUCCACGACUGCCGCCGUCGACAGCUGUGCCGUCGCCGACGGUGCUGCUGCCGCUGCUCCCGACGAGGAUGAUGAGCCAAGGAAACCCACUGGCCGAGCUUUGUUCUCUGGAGGCAACAUGGUGGCCGUGCCGUGCGCCAACUGCCACCUCCUCGUCAUGCUCUGCAAGUCCUCCCCCUCCUGCCCCAAUUGCAAGUUCGUCCAGCCGCUGGCACCUGCUGCACCGCCUGCGGCGGUGAUGGCCCAUCGGAGGCUCGACGCCGCCGUCAAGCCGCUGGAGACCCUGAGCCUUCUCCAUUAGGCGGCGCGCGGUUGCUCAUCGGAGGCUUGAUGUCCACUGGCAGCAGAUUGUAGAAAGGAAACCCUAGUUGAGUAGUGGUGCAUGGGUUAGUAUUACGUAGUACUAUUAUAUUACCUUGGUAAUGGCUGUAUGAAUGUUAAAUCAUGCAAUGCAUGGUGCCAUGAUGACAAGAUAUAUAAAAUUAUGAAGCCAGCCGCAAAUUAAACUACAUAAA